AUGCAGGCGCCUUAUUUGAGGGCCGCCUUGGCCGCCAGUCGGACACACAUUCGGGUUGAAAGCAGGCUUACGAUUCGGGAAAUCCUGGACAGUAUGACGUGGCGUCAUGCACCAAUCGUCGCGUCACUUCUGAGAGAUUGGGGGGCCUCAUUAAAGGCCAAAAGUGAGGCUACAGAAGCUGGUGCCUGGAACCCCGCAAGAUGGCCAGAUGACGACGUGCAUAAGAUGGGGCCACGAGUGUGGCAUGAUAAAAACACAGGAUGGUGUUGGGUGGUGACAUUGGUCUCUACAGCUCUCAGCCAUGUAAGGAAUACGCUUUCUGCAAUCGUAGCAAUCUGUAGUGCUAUCCAAUGCAUGAGUAUCUUAGUCAGCGAGUGCAUGUCAGCCAAUGGAUGCGAUCUAUGUCGACUCAUCUACCAGCACAUGGUCUAUAACACACCGGAUCUGGAAGGGCUGGAGGGGCCUUUGGAAAUUACCUGGCUUCUGUUCGAUCCCGAGUCACACCCAGCCCUGAUUAGCUGUCAGCAGCAAGGGCUCUACACAAUGCCUACCCGAGUCAUCGACGUUGGGACCGGGCAACAGUAUCCAGAUAAAUUGACUGUGCGCCUGGUUGAAACGCAUCCUGCCCAGAAAGAUCAGUACAUUGCCCUCACCUACUGCUGGGGAUCCAAGGGCAACAAUGUUAGAACUACCCGCUCCAACUACAGCCAGAUGAUGGGCGGUUUUCGCUCUGAGACCUUGCCAAGUACCAUACAAGAUGCAAUCAAGGUUACGAGAAGUCUGGGCAUCCGAUAUUUGUGGGUGGACGCACUCUGCAUCAUCCAGUCCGAGUAUCAGGGAGACCCAGGCUCGGAUUGGGCUACCGAAGCAGGAAAAAUGAGCACCUACUAUCAGAAUGCCUUUUACACAAUCGGUGCGAGCAGCUCACGAGACUGCGAUGACGGCUUCCUGAAGGCCCGGCCGGCCCAGGUCGAUCCCCCCACACAUGGGGUGACACUUUCGUACCACACCGACUCCGGGCAAAAGCAGUACAUGUAUAUCCUACCCAUCAAGCCAAUUCGGUCUGUCUGCGUGGACAACUCACCUCUGCUGAAGAGGGGAUGGUGUGUUCAAGAGCGAGCUUUCUCAACCAGGUGUCUCUAUUUCGCCCGCGACUCACUGGUCUGGGAGUGUGCUGAGCAUAGGGCAUUGGAAUGGGAGCCAAACUGGAACUCGGACGAUCAGACACGCGAACAAUGGGAGGUCUGGACAACGCCAAGAGGGAACGACAAUCUGAUGAAGCAGGGCACCCUCCUGAACAUUCCCAAGGACGAGCUCAUUGCCGGGGCAUGGAUGGAGAUGCUAAUACAGUAUUCUCAGGCGGAGUUCACUUUUCUCAGUGAUAAGCUGAUUGCGAUAUCCUCCCUGGCCAACAAGAUCGAAGGCAUCACUGGAGCGCACUACGCGAGUGGCUGCUGGCUAGAGACUAUUGAUAAAUGUCUUGCAUGGCGAUCAGGAAGAGGUGUCCGCUUAAAUCCUAAAGAAACCACAGUACCUUCUUGGUCCUGGGCGUCAAGGCCAUGCGGGGUGAUCUUUGUGUCCAAUGACAGAAAUGAAUGGACGAAAGAAUUAACCUUGGAAGGCAACAUGGAACAUCAUGGCAAGGGGCGACUACGACUUCGGGGUGCUAUUUGGAAACUACCCUUUUCUGAACUAGAGCUAUACCCCCUGGACGAUGAGAAGUAUGCAUAUGGGCUGCCAAACUCAUACAAACGGCGCCUUUACUGGGAUGGGGUUCCGCCGGAACAAUAUGACGAAUCGAGCAUCAUGACGUUGCUCAAGAUGGGACACUCAAAGACUAGCAGCUAUGCUAUGCUGUUGGAAGAAACUGGCAGAAACUCUCAAGGAAUAGAUGAGUACAGGCGCUUAGGUCUUCUUGAUACCUCUCUCUCCAUUCGCGGGGGUUUUCCUCUCGUGGGUCUAAGAGUAAUUGACCUAGUGUAG